CGCCGUUCGUUAGAGGAGACACUGAUUCAGCUGGAAACCCCACGUGGGCUGUCAGGCGAUGUCCCCACCACAAGCCAUUUAAGCCAGCGAUGGAAGCGUGAGGCUGCCCAGCCUGGGUGCAGCCGGGUGGGUAAUGCAGUGCCAUGCUGUGCCGCCCAGCGCGGCAGGCAGCCGUGCGGCACUCCAUGUCCCAGCAGCCACCGGCCUGGCCCGACCCACCGGGAUUAAGGAGGCUGCAAGGAGUGCCAAAGAGACGCCAUCCCUCCACGCAGAGCUGCCGAGCAUGUUCCACCUCUUCUCCCACUGCUGGUCGUGGCUGCAGACCAUACAGGAGCCUGUCAGGAAGGUGACCCUCCUCGUCGUGGGGCUGGACAAUGUGGGAAAAACCUCCAUCAUUAUGGACAUAGAGAGAGCGCUGGCCGGCGAGGUGCUGCCCGCCGUGCAGCCCGGCCAGACCUGCCUGCGGGUGGACAGGUUCGAGGUGACACUGGUGGACCUGCCCGGGGGCCAGCGCUCCCGCAGUGCCUGGCGCAACCACUACAGCGCGGCCCACGGGUUCCUCUUCGUCCUGGACUCCAGUGACCUGGCGCGGAUAGAGGAGGCCCGCAAGGUCCUGAGCCGCGUCCUGAGCCAUCCUGACGUCUCUGGGAAGCCCCUCUUACUGCUGGCCAACAAACAGGACUCGACGACCGCCCUACUGCCCUGCGAGCUGAUCGAGCGCCUUUCCCUGGAGCGGCUGGUCAACGAGAACCGCUCGCCCUGCCGCAUCGAGCCCUGCGCUGCCAACCGGGCUCCCCCCGCCGGUCCGGGUCGUGCCACCCUACAGGGGCUGCGCUGGCUCCUCCGCACCAUCCCCACCGCCCCGGUACCACUGCCCAGUCCCGGUCCAAGGGCAUCCCGCGGCUGCCCACCCGCCCGCAGGUGGGUGCGGGACUCGGUCCGAGGAGAGCACUAA